UAUAUUGUUUAGGAGCGAAGAGGUGACAUUUCGCUUCAAGAGCGACUCCUACUUCCGUGUUGUCCCUCAAUGUAAAGCAGUCCUAUUACAGGAAGCUGUAGUCUAAUCUGUAAGGGUUAAUCCGCGCAGUUUACAGUGUGCCCUUGAUCGACCCUCUUUCAAUGUAAUUUGACGAAGUGAAGGAGCAGCGAUUUCGGAGAAUACGGACGAUAUAAACUACAUGUAGCAAAAACAGAAGAUUCAAUCGCUGCCCACGUCAGAGGAACUGCGGUACAUUAGCGGAAGAAUGCCAGCGGGUGUGUGUGGCUGCUGUGGACCCCUGAGGCCCAGGUACAAACGCCUGGUUGAUAACAUCUUCCCAGAGGACCCCAAAGAUGGCCUGUCCAAGUCAGACAUGGAGAAGCUCACCUUCUACGCGGUUUCAGCCCCGGAGAAGUUGGACAGGAUUGGGGCCUACCUGGCGGAGCGACUGAGCCGAGAUGUGGUCCGCCACCGCUACGGGUACGUAGUCAUCGCCAUGGAGGCUCUGGACCAGCUCCUGAUGGCCUGUCACUCCCAGAGCAUCAAGCCCUUUGUGGAGAGCUUCCUCCACAUGGUGGCCAAGCUGCUGGAGUCCCGGGAGCCAGACCUGCAGGUCCUGGGGACCAACUCGUUUGUCAAGUUUGCCAACAUCGAGGAGGACACACCGUCCUACCACCGGCGCUAUGACUUCUUUGUCUCCCAGUUCAGCGCCAUGUGCCACUCAACCCAUGAAGACCCUGAGACCAGAACCAGGAUCCGUGUGGCCGGUAUCAAAGGGCUGCAGGGUGUGGUGAGGAAGACUGUGAACGAUGAGCUUCAGGCCAUCAUCUGGGAGCCCCAGCACAUGGACAAACUCAUCCCCUCCAUGCUGUUCAACAUGCAGGAUGCUGAGGACCUAGACAGGGUGGGCCCACCUGGCACGCCUUCGGAGACAGGGCAGGAUGGUGAGGAAAACCCAGCGUCUCUGGCCGAGAGCUGCUUCAGAGAGCUGCUGGGAAGAGCCGCCUACGGCAACAUGAACAACGCCGUCCGCCCUGUACUAGUUCAUCUGGACAACCACCGGCUGUGGGAGCCCAACGAGUUUGCUGUUUCCUGUUUUCGGAUCAUCAUGUACUCCAUACAGGCCCAACACUCCCACCACGUCAUUCAGCAGGUCCUGGGCCACCUGGACACGCACAACAAGAACACCCCUCGCAUGAGGGCCGGCAUCGUGCAGGUCCUUCUCGAGACGGUCGCCAUAGCAGCCAAAGGCUCCGUCGGCCCUACGGUACUGGAGGUGUUCAACACCCUGCUCAAGCACCUGCGGAUGAGUGUGGACUUUGAGCUGGGUGAGAACUCCAGACGGAACUCUGGCGCCAGUGUGUCCUCGUCCGGACGGGUCAAGGAGAGCGAGGAGCGCAUUGUCCAGAACGCCAUCAUCCAGACAAUCGGGUUCUUUGGUGGCAACCUGCCAGACUACCAGCGCGCGGAGGUGAUGAUGUUCAUCAUGGGCAAGGUGCCCGUGUAUGGCACCCCCUGCCACACCCUGGACACUGUGAAGAUUGGGCACCAGGGCACCAAGCGUAUCCAGGCCAUGCUGCUGAGCUCGCUCAUCAUGGUGACCUCUGGUUUCAAGUCCAAGACCAUGGUGGCGGCGCUGCCCGCACCCUUCCUGGACCCACUUUUCUCCAUUUCACUCAUGGAGGACUGCGAGCUUCGCCAGUUGGUCCUUGAGAUCCUGCUCAACAUCAUCGAUCGCCACGACAACCGCGCCAAGCUGCGGGGCAUCAGGAUCAUUCCUAAUGUGGCGGCCUUGAAGAUAAAGAGGGAGAAGAUAUCGAAACAAGACGUUGGGUUCAUGAAAAAGCAUGGGCAGCAGUUGUACCGUCACAUCUACCUGGGCUGUAAGGAGGAGGACAACGGUCACAAGAACUUUGAGCUGCUCUUCACUACCCUGGCCGUGCUCACCAUCGAGCUGGCCAAUGAGGAGGUGGUGGUGGACCUCAUCAGGCUGGCUCUUGCCCUGCAGGAUAUGUCCUUGGCUAAUGAGGAGAACAUGCCCAUGGUCAUGCGCUGUGGCAUCAUGGCACUGGUGGCGGCCUACCUGAACUUCCUUAGUCAGAUGAUCGCCAACCCAGCCUUCUGUCAACACGUCAGCAAGGUGAUUGAGAUGAGGAACCUGGAGGCCCCUUACCUCCUCCCUGAGCACAUCUUCAGAGAGAAGUGUCCGCUUCCAAAUUGUCUUGACAAGGAAGACCGGAACCUAUAUUUCCAGACGGUUGACCUGGCGGAGUGCCUGGUCGCGCCAGGAUACAACGCUGAGCGUCUCUCAAUCCCCUACGUCCCCCAAGUGACAGAUGAAGACCGCCUCACCAGAAGAAAGAGUUUGGUUGACACCAUUUCUCUUCAAGUGGAUUUCCCUUCCGAUAGUCUACCAGACAAGUCUCUGCUGGCUGAGGAGAUCACCUUCGAGACUCUGAAAAAGGCCAUUGACACCACAGGGUUGGAGGAGCAGGAGAAGGAGAAGAGGCGCCAGGUCAUGGAGAAGUUCCAGAAGGCUCCGUUUGAGGAGAUUGCCGCCCACUGCGAGUCCAAGGCCAAUAUGUUACAUGACAGACUGGCACAAAUCUUCGAGCUCACUAUCCGGCCCCCUCCCAGCCCAUCUGGGGUGGUGUCUAUCUCUGCGGGCCACGCUCAACACCAGUCUGUCCCUGUCUACGAGAUGAAGUUCCCCGACCUGUGUGUCUACUAGAUCAAAGACCAGCCACCAACGCCUUGUAUCCUCAACCCUGACCACUAACCAUACCCAGACCUGUGUGUCUACUGGAGCAAAGACGACCACAUAACCCUUACCCUAACCACUAACACAUUGUAGCCUCAACCCUAACCCAUUUCCUAACCCCUUCAGAUCUGCAUGUCUAUUAAAACAAAAACAGUGUCAGGAUAGAACCACUAAAACCCUAUACCCUCAACCCUACCCCCUAAGUCUGCUCCUUAGCCCUAUACCAGAUAUGUCAGCUACAGCAGAGACUAGCUGUGGUACUGUACCACUAAGCCCUAUUCCUUAACACUGCACAUUGUUCCUGCCCCUCCUCAGACUAAUGUGUCUAUUACCAGAUGAGAUGUCUGUAUGACUGUAGUUUCCAGUCACACGCACACAGUCUACACACACGUGAACGUGCGCGCACACGCACAUUCGUAUUUAUAGUCUAAUCAGUUAGCUGUGGUGUGUUGGCUUAGACACUUGGAAAGUGGAGAUGUCGUAGAACAUCGAAAAGUGAACAUUACUGGAGGCACAUUGUCGUUUCAAAGAUACCACCGCGCUUGCUAGCGAAGAGAUUUGUAGUGGCUAAUUAACAGUAAAUAAGUGAAUUGUUUUGCCUCACAGUUAGCCAAGAGGCUUACCUAGCCAGCUAAAAUUGUUUACAGCUAGUUAGCAAUCGUUUAAAAAAAACUAUUUUGCUAGCAACAUAGUGCUGCCGUCUUAAUUCUAACCGGUCUCACAAAAUGUGUCUCCAGUUGUGUACCUUUUACCAUUGUGUAUGUCCAUGCAUUUCUGUGCAUAUUAGAGAAAAGUAAUUUUAGCGGCCAGCCAGAAAAAUUGCUUAUUUUAUUGGCUUUUUCAGACAGAUAAGCCACAGUGCUGCAGAAAGCUAAUACUUUCUUUUUUUGUUUAUGUCCCAAUUUAAUGAAAACCAAUUCAUAUAUGUUAAUCUGUGUGGACAAGGUGAAUUUCAGGUAGAACAUUGAGAGUCUUGGAAAUGUGGAAAUUCUAUUCUGGAAUAGACAUCUUGGUGGAUUGAGCAGGGGUUUCUUUAUUGCAGGUCCAUUAUGGCAGUGUUUCAAAAAUGUUGGCUAUGAGACCAGGCUAGUAACCCCCCCCCUCCGUGUUAUGUUAUGGUCUUGGCUUUUGGUUCCUUCCAUAGGAAUCAAGUCACCCACUGUUCAAAACCUACUGGAGUCAUGCCCUUCAAGACCUGUGCUGAGAAAUGGUAUUGUGGACCAGCUAAACGCUAAUAGAAAAAGCAAUCGGUUGAUUGCUAAAGGGCACCAUGUCAUUUAGUUGAUAUAUUGAUAGUUUAAGAUGAUAUGGCAGCCAAGUCACCUAUCUUGGUAUUGAUUGAAGUGUACACUCACUGCCUUCACCAUCUUCUUCCGAGCACUUUCACAAUAUGGUACGAAAAACCAUGUAGUUAUUUUUAUGACACCCUCUUGACAAGAUUCAUGUGAAGGCUAGUAAAGUCGUCUUUUUCUUCUCAAUCCUCUCACCGACGCUGAGCACAAUACAAAACGUUCUAACGCAAUGGACUUUGGAUGGUUGCAUCUAUUUUCUUGUAAAAGGCAUUUUUACAUGAACAUUUAGAGAGAUUUUUCAUGAUUGAUUAUCACAUUUCAAAUCUCCGUCAUUUCUCUUUCCAGUAAAUUUGAGGAACCUGCCAUUUGACGUGACGUAUUGGUUUGACAUCACAAUGCAUCAAAUAAAUAUAGAUACAGUAUAUACAAUGUUAUGCUUAUUGCUAUAGGCCAGAUGUUUGUGUGCAGUAUAAUUGGUAUUGUUCACAUGGGUUUCAUAGCUUGCAGCUUCCUGUGGAUAUGUGUCAUGAUGAUUUGUCUAGAUUUAGUAUUGAUUGUUAUUUAGAGUAUGUGGGAAAAUAUAAUUGAGAGGGUUCACCGAUAUCAUUUUCCAACUUACCUGGCAGGACAAGAUCUGUCAUAACUCUGUUGGCCAUCUAGAAUACCAAAACGCUUUCAUCUUUACCAAAGAAUCCAUUUCCCACGGCCCCCAUCCGUCCCCUCCCUCCCUCUAACGUCUUUAUAACGAUGUCACUCAACAUUUUGUUUCUGAGGGAACCAAAUAUCUGUCUGUGUGCUGUUUGGGGCUCACCACUGGGCUGUUUAAUAACCCAUUGUUAUAUACUGACUUGGUGUCUCUCCUGUUUCUAGUGGUAUGAUGCAGACAUGCUGUGUAAAACGCUGCAUUAGUCAAGGAAAAAAGGUCCUCGAUUUGCAGUUGUCGUAUUAUAACAGGUUAUUUCGGAAGGACCUAAGCAAAGGACCAUUCGGAGAAGGGGUGGGCGUAGUUCAGUCCUACAGAGGUUAAUGUCAGGGAGGGUCCUCCCAAACAAGACACUCUAAUAAUGAUUAUGAGGCCAUUUGAGAAGAGGCUUCAGCGAUAUGGGUGAUGUUGAGAUGGUUAAUAGCGUGGGCUCAAAUGGAAGAAUAGAGAGGCUAAAGUGAUGUUGGUUAUCAAAAGGUUCUCUGUGAUGGCAUCCUGUUGUGCCUUCUGUAACAGGAUACCGCGGAAUGUUGCUGUGGGUGGUUUUGUAUGUUCAAGGUGGUUUCAUGUUAAGGGUUAAGUCUCGCUCAGCCAGGCUUUCAGUCUCGGGUAACCUGAGCCACUGAGAGACUUGAGUCCAGCUUGCGAGACUAGUGGAUCAAAAUGGGUUAGUAUAGUGAGGAAAGACGGCGGGCGGUACGGUGUAUGAUUGUAAAUGGGAAUCACUAAGGUGAUUAGUGGACACUAGCUUCAUCCAUUUUAAUUGGCUGGUGGCGGGAAAAUGACCUUUUGGGAAGUAGCCUCUUGGAUUAUAUAUAUAUAUAAUAUAUAGCUAAUGUGGUACUUUAUGACUCAGACCUAAGCCACUUGUGAAACAGAUAAAUAACACAUUUGGCACAGAUGAUUGGCCCUCAAACAGAUUUUUCCAAUUGUUUUUCAAUCGUGACUGGGACGUCGAGAUUGCUGCCUUAGCUAAGAAACUUUCGGGAACCUCACCCAAGAGCAGCAUAAGACAACAAUGUUCAUCCAUAUCCAUUGUCGAAUGGAACAUUUUUAUUUUUGUCUGAGACCUUUUGCUCAUUUUGACCUAAUAUGUAGAAAUGCCCCUAUUGAUGCAUAUAAUCUGAAGUCGUGUCAGAAAUGUGUCGUCUCAUUCAUGGCGAAGUGCAAUAUGUUCUCUGUAUGGUUAUAGGAUUGUUUUUCUUUUGCAACACGUAAUGUCUUAUCUUGAACUGUGGUGUCACUUCAGAUAGCAUAUAUUACUACGAGUUUAUCGAGAGAUUCAUUAUGAAAUAUCUAGUGUGCAUGUAUAACCUAUGGGAUUUAUGACAUGAGGAAUGUAGACCAUACAGCAUCAUUGACUGAGAUCGAGUGCCAGUCUGUUUUUUUGCGAUCAUUCCAAAUUCCCUGUCACUCAUUGGAUUGACAAUGACCGCAAUGGAGUAGACAAGAGCACAAACAGGUCUGGGACUAGGCUAUCAUUUACUUUCUUUAUGCUGAAUUUGUCAAUAGUCUAAUAUGGUAUGUGUUUUUUUUAAUAGAUAUUCAUCAUAUGAGUGGCAUGUUGCCUGAUAGAAAAUGGGUUGGGAGUUAUUCUGUCUAUUGUUCAAAAUCAGCACUCCACUUAACUUGAAACGGUGCAUUUAUGCUGAAUUUGUCAAUAGUCUAAUAUGGUAUGUUGUUUUUUUUAUAGAUAUUCAUCAUAUGAGUGGCAUGUUGCCUGAUAGAAAAUGGGUUGGGAGUCCUUCUGUUUAUUGUUCAAAAUCAGCACUCCACUUAACUUGAAACGGUGAAAUGGGAGAACACUGUUUUGGCUAAACCAGCAUUUUUGAAGUGUGAUGUAUUCUUGGUGUUUUGAGACGCCCCCAUGUGUGUGCUGGUUUUCCUUCCAACAUAUCUACGAAAUCUUUCCUGAAGGACAAAAUCCUGACAAAAGUUGGGUUUAAUGCCAGAUACAAUUCAAUAUUCAAUAAGCAGCUCGAUUUAAGCCUUGUGUGGAUAAGGAGAUGAGUUUGCAUGAAAACCAGCAACCACAGGGGGGGUCUGAAGACCUGGUUUGACAAAAGGCUGCAGGGAUAUUGAGUCCAUUUUCUCUAGUUAUUACAAUGACGAGAUAGAGAAUAGUGAUUAUAGACUGAAAUUAACAGUAUAACAAUUACAUCACUGUGUGUAAUAAAUAAGUGUUUCUGUUGUUGUUGUUGUUGUUGUAUAUAUAUUGUUUAUUUCUCUGAGACUCCUUGGGCCACUGAAAUGCUCAGUCAGAUUGUGUGGGCGUUCGGACACAAAAUGAUUACAACCUAUGUUGUGAUAAUUGCGUUGUUUGCUCUGUAACCCAUUUGUUCAUAUGCCACAUGAUAUACAAUAAGGCCGACACAACAGAUACAUUCAACCACACAUACGUUUGUUUAAUCACAAAACCGGAGGCAAACAUCUGUCUGGUGAAGUCCACAAAGCAAAUAGUACAUGUUAAAAACGCUUACAUGACCUACAGCAUGGUCCAGCAAGUUAAUGUUUCUCACAGUUUUACUAAACAAUUACUGAUUUAGAACCACAGAGAGUUACCGUGUGUGUGUGUGUGUGUGUGUGCGCGAUCACAAGUUUUAAAAAACAUGUUGACUAACCCUAGUUGUAGACUAGAUGAACGCCAAUUCCAUCCUGCUCUUUCAUGUUAGAAAAACGGUCUAUGUCUACUGUCAUACAGUAGUGCACAAUGUUAGUUUUUGUUGUCGUAGGCUACCUAGCUAAAGUGCUUGCUUGCCUAACUUCCUGGCAUGGGCAACAAUGAACCAGCUAAGUUAGCUAGCUAGUUAACGUGAGCCUACUAGACUACAUCUAGCCUACAUAUUAAACUUCAAUCGUCUCAGGCAAGUAGCACAGUAUAUUAAUUUAUGGUUAGAUCAGAAUCGCCGGUAUAAUCAAUGGCCAGUACGGAGAAUUAAGUCAGAACCACAAGUCCAAAUCCCCAUCUCCAUCACUGCUUAGGAAAGGGCCAAUUUAGCUAACUAGCCUACCGCAAGACAACAACACAAGCAGACCAGAAACAGACACUUUUUUCUGACAAUUAUGUUUUGCUUUUGAUGUGAUUUGAUUGGUGUGAAACCAAAUCCAAACUGGCCUCCCUUGGGUUGAUGUGCAGGACUACCCACAGUUGAGCUCAACUCGACACUAAUUGGCAAUUAAAAAAAUUACAAAUAAAUGUUUUUUGUCAAGGGAGACCAAAUGCUUGCUGGCACAACUUCCUAAUAUUGAGUUGCACCCCCUUUUGCCCUCAGAACAGCCUCAAUUCAUUGGGGCAUGGACUCUACAAUGUGUCGAAAGCGUUCCACAGGGAUACUGGCCCAUGUUGACUCCCAAUGCUUCCCACAGUUGUGUCAAGUUGGAUGACAUUUAGGUGCUAGACCAUUCUUGAUACACACGGUAAAACUGUUGAGCGUGAAAAACCCAGCAGCGGUGCAGUUCUUGACACGCAAACCGGUGCGCCUGACACCUACUACCAUACCCCAUUCAAAGGCACUUAAAUAUUUUGUCUUGCCCAUUUGUGUGUGUGUGUCGUCCUGGUCUUCACCAAUUAGCUCCUCAUCAAAAGCAUCUUCCUCCAAAAAGUACAUGAUCUCAUGGUCCUCCUCAUCCUGCAGGCCUUCCUCAGCGAUGACUCUUUAGCACAUAAGAACAGGGAUCAUGAAUGGAAGGGAAUUGUGUAGCUACCGGUUUUUCAACCUGUUGGCAAGGUGACAAGGUUCCGUUUUAUAAUCCUAAAGUUUUCACUCGCAUAACAGAUAUAAUAUGAUCAUAUACAGUACCAGUCAAAACUUUGGACUCCUACUCAUUACAGGGUAACAUAACAGAUAUAAUAUGAUCAUAUACAGUACCAGUCAAAACUUUGGACUCCUACUCAUUACAGGGUAA